CCCUUUUGAGGAUUCUGCUUUGGGCAGAAAAGGACAAGAGAGCAACCCCUAAUUGUUUCGGUACUCAAAGCUCCAUCCGAAGUUGAAGCCAAGCCACAAGUCUAACAACCCCGGUAUGGUUAAAAGGAGAAAAACCAACGAAUUCCAAACCAAACCUAACGCCCAAACGCCAUCCGAACCAGAUGGAAGAUUUGGCUGCCGAACAUCGGGUGUUGACGGUUCCACCAUAUGGCAUAGCUAUCAUGCUACUUACCCAACGUUGCUUUCAACCACCCCUUCUCUCUCUAAAAAAUGCCACCCAAAAAUAAGUCACAGCCACCUACGCCCACCCUGUGCGGUUGAUUACAUGACACUGUUUGAUCGUACGAAUGAUAUCUAUCCCAUAUUUUGUGAAGAAAGACUUUGAUGAUGAUAGUGGCCCCAAAGUCAGAGGUGGACCUAUAUAGACAGGCAGACAGACACAGAAUUGGUGUGGGAGAAGGGUGCGCAGCCUAUCACACCCUUCCCCACGGUGCACGUUAGCCCUCCCCCACCCCCUCCACCUAAGCGGUGGCCUCCUCAUCCAUCUAGAUAGAUCUCAAAAUCAGCCGCACACUCCUCCCUCCACCCCAAUAUGUCACCAAACACCACUUUCUUCCUUAUCUCCUCCACUCCCUCAUCUCCUUCUCCACCCUUUUACCCCACCACAACCUCUCUGCUUUUCCCUCUUUCUAUUCUGCGCCACCCACCUUAUCCUUCUCCCCCACCCUGAUUUCCCAACCACCACCUCUACUUCCAUUUCCUCCGCUUUCCAACCUGCGCUGCCUUUCUUAUCCUCAUCCCAAACCCACCCCUGGAUCCUCAAUAAGAACGAGAAAAGAACCUCCUUUUCCAUUAUCCUCCACCAUGGCUUCCCCAUCCUCGCCGCCACCCGCAGACGACGCCGCCGCUCCUACCACUCCUUCGGGCCCACCCACUGUCGUGGGUAUAACGCUGUCGCUACCCGCACCCCCACUGCCUCAAUCCGAGACGCAACCGCCCGCAUCAUCAGCCACCGCCGCCUCCCGCCGCCUUCCGCCGCCCUGCUGGUCCCACGACGAGACGGUCGCUCUGAUCGACUCGUACCGCGACAAGUGGUAUUCCCUCCGCCGCGGAAACCUCAAGGCUACCCAUUGGCAAGAGGUGGCCGACUCCGUGGCCCGCCGCUGCUCCGCGGCCUCCCCUCCCAAGACCGCCGUCCAGUGCCGUCACAAGAUGGAGAAGCUCCGCAAGCGCUACCGUACAGAGCUUCAGCGCGCCCGCUCCAUGCCCGUUUCUCGGUUCACCUCCUCCUGGGUCCACUUCAAGCGCAUGGACGCCAUGGAAAAGGGCCCCUCCUCCGGAUCCUCCAAAAAACGCGUGAACGUGUCCGACAGCGACAACGAUAACGACAUCGACGCCGAAGAUGACGAAGAUCAGGACUUGUACGAAGAAUUCAAGAAUGGAGGAGGUCCCAAUAUGAGGCAUAUGAGUAAAUUGUAUAGGAAUAAUGGGAUUGGGGGUGGCAGCGGUGGUGGUGGGGGUGGUAGUGGAGGUAGUGGGUUUCGGAUCAGAAUCCCGUCCGGGGUGAGUAUAGCGCAGCCCGGAUCGAAAUAUUUCGGCAAGGCUGAGCACAAGUAUAACUCUAAUCCUAAUUCAACCCCUAACCCUAACCCUAGUUCGAGUUCUGGCGGUAACUUUGGGGCCAGGGUUUUGAGGGAGUGUAAUUCGGCAGGGUCGGGGAAGAGGGAGAGGGACCCGGUGACGGAGAUGGUGUCGGCGAUAAAGGUAUUAGGAGACGGGUUUGUGAAGAUGGAGCAGAUGAAGAUGGAGAUGGCGAGGGAGAUUGAGGCGAUGCGGAUGGAGAUGGAGAUGAAGCGUACCGAGAUGAUCUUGGAGUCGCAGCAGCGGAUUGUGGAAGCGUUUGCCAAGGCCGUCUCGGAGAAGAAGAAGAAGAAGGCAAAGCGAAUGACCUCCCCGGAGUCUUAAAAUGCCUUUCUGUACUUGGAUUUUGUGGGUUUCUUGGCCAGGUUAUUCUCCAGAAGAAGGGUCUUUGUUUCUGUAAUUUUUUCUUCUGUUAGCAAUUUUGAAUUUGUAUCAGACAUUCGUGAAGCUUGCUCAACAGAGUUUCCUAGUUUAGUCAUGUUUUAUUUGGCUUAUGCCACUUUUCUUAGAAAUAGUAUAACUAUGUGGAACCUAACUAGCUGUAGCUUGAUUUUCACUGAAAACUUAGCUUUAUUGUCGAUUCUGUGUUUUGAUUCCAAGCUUAUUAGUAAAAAGCUGCGUCUGCUUAAAUAGUA